AUGCCUAGCGGUUUUAUGUCUUCUCCGGAACAAACCCGUACGCAACUAGCGAGGGGGUCUGCCAAAAGGACCAAAGUCGCGUGUAAGUCGUGCCACCACCGACGCGUGAAAUGUGACGCGGGCGAUGUGCGGCCGUGCUGGCAUUGUCGCCUUCGUGGGACACAGUGCGAGUUGAUCGAAAGUCGACGAGGAAAGUACACCCGUAAAAAACCCGUAGGCGUGAGAUCAAACAACAAAUCUCCAGGCACACCAGCAUCAGCUGAACCCAACCAAAGCGCAGGUGUCCCAACACCGCGUACUGCUCCUGAAGAGACAUGUUCCCCGGAUCAGCCGUCGUCCCUGGCCCAGGCCCCCAGCCCACCAACGACUGCCAGUUUAAUACCUGAAAAUAUUCAAGAAGGAUAUGACGCUAGUGAUGGCCCGGAAAUGCUUUAUGCUCGGCUGGCAGAGUCUGGGCCUGAUGCAGAAUCUCCUGGAUUUUCAACCGAACAACAUAUGCGAUCCUAUUACAUGGGUGACUCCUUCAGCUUGGCGUUCAUUGUACGAUCUCUAUCUGCUACAUCUUCUCAGCUGAAACUUCACUAUCCAAUUCCGAAUAAUGUCGCCGAGCACGCGCAGAAUUCCGCGGAGGGCUUGAAGCACUCCGAUCCUGCAACCCUAGCAUAUCUCAACAUGCAUGGUGCAUUCACACUACCGCCUCAGGAUGUAAGCGACGAGCUUGUCUAUAUAUUCUUCAAUUGUGUUCAUCCCGCAUUCCCUGUCCUUGAUCGCCAGGACUUUUGCGCCCUCUAUCGUCAUGACAGAUCGUCCCUACUGGUGCAGCAGACUAUUUACUUUCUGGCCUCGAUUAUCUGUAGCGAGGCUUCCUUGAAGCGUGCUGGCUUUCUUGAUCGAUAUAGUGCUCGAAGGGCAUUUUAUCUUCGUGCAAAAGCCUUGUACGACAUGGAUUGUGAGAAAAAUAAGGAGAGACUUGCAGCCGUGCUUUUCCUGUUAGGGUUUUGGUGGGAAGGUCCAGAAGACCAAAAGGAUACCUGGCAUUGGCUCGGUGCUGCGAUUGGCCUUGCUCAAACGCUCGGAAUACAUCGUUCGACGGCCAACGCCGGUAUGUCGUUCCGGCAACGCGCGAUAUGGAAGAGAAUAUGGUGGUCUAUCUAUAUUCGUGAUCGUCACGCGGCAGCUUCGCUCGGCCGCCCUUGCAGAAUCAAUGACGAGGAUUGUGAUGUUGAAGCGCUUGAUGUAGAGGACUUUCUAGUCGAUAAUGAAUCUGAAAGCGAGCUUCUUCCCACCGAAUAUCAAUAUCACAGAUUAUAUGUCAUUGAAAUGGCAAAACUUGCAGUGAUUCUGGGGAAGCUUCUCAACCAUGAAUUCGCACCUUGCAAGGUCAACCCGCAAAACAUUUCAACUGAGCGUCUGAGUGAGCAUCUUUGCGAGUGGGAAAGUAAUCUUCCUUCGGAGUUCCACCGGACAUCAGUUGAUGAAACUCUCGGUGCACCUUUCUGGUCUUCUAUGCUGCAUACAAGUUAUUACAAUUGUCAGAUUCUACUUUUCCGCCCAGAUUGUCGUGGUUUUGAAACACAAAAGCCAGCAUCGCUCAAUAAAAAAGCAAGAGUUGCAGCGGACGCCAUUACCAGACUUGUCGAAGAUUUAUUAGCCGCAGGGACCUUAGGUUUUGGACAGCUACAUUUGGUUCCCGCCAUUUUUGCUGCCUUGUCGAUUCACGCUGUUACCAUUCGAAGUGGCGAUCAAAUACAAAAACAGCUGGCGGAAAAUCGAGCUCGGCAGUGUAUUUUAGGAAUGAGUGAACUCGCAAAGGGAUGGCCUGUAGCCGGCUGGAUCCUGCGUCUUUUUAUCAAUCUGAUGAAGAGGCUGACUGGGCAAAAUGGAUCUUCUGUUGCUGGUCCGGCUCAAUUGCCACCAGGCACCUUAAACAGGGAUCACCACUUCGGACAACAAUCGACCCAAUCAGUACCGAGCAAUGGAAAUUUUCCGACCUAUCCAACCAGCAACGCCGACCAAUAUUUAUUAGCCAAAAAUGCCUCUUUUAGCCAGGGCCAAGAGGGUUUUGGCCUGGUCGAAACUGAUCAGCUCAUGUCGGACAUUAUAUGGGGUUCGGGUCAAAACGACCUUGAUUUUGAUUUAAUGCUAAAUGGCGCUCAGUCAACUAGCAUGUUUCCAGCUCACCUCGGGUUCUUACAAGGGCAAGGUCCUGCUGCCCGGACAUUUUAA